AUGUCGUAUUUAUUCGAUGAUUUAAUUGAAAUCCUUCCUCUUAACUUUUUGACACCAAUGACUAUUGGAACUUCUCUAAGUCAAUCGUCGAGAAUGACAACAAUUCCUCUUGACAUUUCAACCACGCAAACUCAUUAUAUUAUUAGAGCUGAUGUUCCAGGCAUUCCAUUAUCAGAUAUUUCUUUAGAAAUUUCUGAUACGGGUGUAUUAACUAUUUCAGCUCAUCGUAAAAGGAAAGUUCAAAAAAAUGAAAAAAGUGAUAAUGAGGAGGAUUCUAAAAUUGUUGAAAGGUAUUAUGGAAAAUUUGUUAGGAAUCUUAAAUUUCCAAGGGAUAGUAUUGUAGCUGAUGGUAUUAAGGCUGAAUUAGCUAAUGGUGAAUUGAUUAUUAAGAUUCCUAAAAAGAAAGGUGGUAAUGAAAACAAAGUUAUAAAAGUUGUGCAAAUAUCAAGAUU